GCUCAUCCUAUCGAGUGGGCGGGGGCUUUUCCCGGUUUCGGAAAGGGAAUACGCAACCAACAAAAGUUUUUUAAAAAUUGAGCUAGCUACGACAUCAAUCUCCCCCCACACGAAGACAGCCAUCAGAAUGACUUCGACGAACAUGUUUUCAGGACUCGAUAAUGGCGCAAAGCCAAGUUCAAGGUAACACGAGAUUGCAUCCACAGGUUUUAUUUGCAGCAGGCAAAAUUCAAGCAACUAGCUAGCUAUGUUCAUGAACGCUACUGUAUGUUAAUUGGCCGCGAGCCCGCAAGCAAUUUAGCUUGCUAGCUAGAUGACACUUUGAUGAUAGUAACGCUAGUUACCCAGCUCGUUACCAAAACUUAGCACAACGAUUAAACCUCUCGUCUUUGUUACCCUAUCCAAUUCUGUAUCAAUCAUAUAAGACAAGUUAGUGAUAAAAUAUUUAUACAGUUUUGUCAGUAGUAAACUUUUAGUUUGGUAACCGCUAGUUAGCUUCUAUGGGCCUUUGGCCCGAUGCAGCAGGGCGUUUUUUUUGUUGUUGCGCUGAGGAAAUGGAAGCUCGUGUAAUAUUAAUUUUUUUACAGAGUAGCCACCGAGAUGACGCUCAUUGUUCUCUUGUUGCUUGCAUUUUCAAAACGGACACAGUCACCCACACCCCGUUUACAACAACCUAUUUCUAAAAAGUAAGGGUAAUUGGGAAUAUUUCACAGUAUUUUUUUACUCGGUCAACUAUAGUUUUCUAACCACCCUGCGAACAUUCCAAGAACAGCCAGCUAACUGGCUAAAAAUGUGUUCUGUAUUGAGUUAAGUAAUCAGCUACACAGCUAAAUGUGACUUUUAAACAGUUAACUUAGCUCAGCAGGCCUAUGUAGCCUGCAGUCAUACUGUGGUACAUUUACAUUUUAGUCAUUUAGCAGACGCUCUUAUCCAGAGCGAUUUACAGUUAGUGAGUGCAUACAUUAUUUUUACAUUUUUCAUACUGGCCCCCCGUGGGAAUCAAACCCACAACCCUGGCGUUGCAAACGCCAUGCUCUACCAACUGAUGGUACAAUUAGCAGAUAACUAUAUUAUUUGGUCUUUACUAGCCACAGCUAAUGUGGCCACAACUAACAUUACCAUUUGUGGCCUGUCUUCAAGAAGUUGUUGUGCAUGCAGCAUAUUCGAUUCCUAGAUUUUUGCACGUUUUCAUUAUGGAACAUUCUCUAUUAAUCAUAUUAUCCCAGGCACUGCCUUCCUUUGUGUAUGAUGAAUGCUGACAGUCUGGCCUACAGGCUAUAUACUCUACAUCAGUGGUUCCCAACCAGAGGUACAAGGAAGCCCUAGUGUAUUUGGCCUAUCAACAGGUGGUACUUGAGAAGACUCAUGAGACCAUAGGUCUACUGGUAAAAUGCACAUGAGGGGGAACUUCAGGGGUAUUUCUGGGCAGAGCGAAAUUCAUUUGGUGGUACAGUAACCAAAAAAGGUUGGGAACCACUGCUCUACAUUAACCAACAUGAUUUGGAUGUUUUCUUUUCAGAGUCCUGCGUCCCCCCGGAGGUGGCUCCAGCGACCUGUUUGGUGGCUACGAGGAAGAAGCAGCUGCAUCGAGACGGCCCCACAAGAUGGCCUCCAACCUUUUCGCCCCGCCAGAGCCCCAGUGUGUCAUCAGGCGAACCAACCCCCCAGGUGAGAGAGAGAAGCCCCCUUACUGGGCAUACAAAUUCCCUUUUCACACUACUGGGCUGAAUUGAUCCAAGCUGCUUUGCACUUGCCUGGUUAUGCAUCCAAACAAUGGGUGGCAGUCUGUGUUCUUUUAGUCCUUAAUACAAAAUAAAGGUUACGCUGGAACCAUGAAAGGAUGCUGGUAACAUCCUUGAAAAAAUAAAAAUGUAUGCCCUCACUUAACUGUAAGUCGCUCUGGAUAAGAGCGUCUGCUAAAUGACUAAAGUGUACCAUGAUAGAAAGGACUAUGUGAAAGGAACAUAUCAGAGCCAGGAGAGUACAGUUCAGGUCAGCACAAUAGUGUGGAAAGGGAAGAUGCUUCCUAGGUCUUCCUACCAGGUGAGAGUUCCCCUGACUGGGCAAACAGACAAGCAACGACUGCCCUCCCUGGUUCUGGAGCUGUCAGAGCCUUUUCGGGUCUAUGUGGUGUGAAAACUGCCACUACGGUGCUAUGUUAGCUUUUUUUAACGUUCAGAAAAGGAGCCAUUGAUGAGUGUGAACUUACUCACCAUGUCUUCCCCAAAUCCUGUUUGGAUUGCAUUGACAUGCUGCAGUGCUUGUGUGUGUGUAUUGAAAAUGUGAUGUGACACACGCCUGGCUUCUAUUCUAGCCUAGUAACAAUCAGUAGUAGGCCAUUGUCGUUCCAUGCAGUGAAAUAACUGAGUGCUUAAGAGCCUAUUCAUUAUUGAGUCCAGUGUAGGAUUACACACUGGCCAGGGUUUCGGUUAGCUGCUAAAUGCCAGCAUUUGGCAAAAAAUAAAUACGUGAAAACUGAUAAAUAAAAUGUUUGCUGGCCCAAUUGUCUGAGAGAAAGAAAAAAAAAAUCCAUUGCAAAACAAUGUAGAUUAUCCCAGUUUCCAGUGUUCCCACCGAGAGGGGAUUCUUUCUCCAAAACAGAGUAUAGAUGCCCUCAAGAUCACGCCUACUUGAGGACAAAGUAACGAGGCUGAUGCACAUCGCAAGCUGCUCCAAGGAGUUGGACAGUUUUGAUUUCCCAACAGCAGCGGCUAACUUUGAGCAUGCCAAGGUCCGUCGCAAACGCAAGUAAAUUAGAAGGAAAUUGUUUGUCAGGCCCGGUCCUAGCAGUUCUGCUGCCACCCUAGGCAAGAUCAACAUAUACCGCCCCUGUGUCGUAUAGUAUAAAGAUUUGGAAUGGAUUGAUAGACUAGAGUAGAGUAAUGAUGUGUAUAAUGCGCAAUUGAUGCAUUUUCAAUUUAGCUUAUUCAGUAGCUCUUGACAACUAUUCACAUCGGAGAGUUACAAUGUUGCAAUCACUAGGCAGCCAACUGCCUAUAGUGGGAAACAGUUAUCAAUAAGCCACGUACAGUGCAUUUGGAAUGUAUUCAGGCCCCUUAUUCUAAAAUGGAUUAUUGUUUUUUCCCUCGUCAAUCUACACACAAUACCCCAUAAUGACAAAGCAAAUACAGAUUUUUUGAAAUGUUACCAAGUCUUUUAGAAAUAAAAUAGAAAUAUUACAUUUACAUAAGUAUUCAGCACCUUUGGCAGCGAUUACAGCCAUGAGACUUCUUGGGUAUGACGCUACAAGCUUGGUACACCUGUAUUGGGGAGUUUCUCCCAUUCUUCUCUGCAGAUCCUCUCAAGCGCUGUCAGGUUGGAUGGGGAGCGUCGCUGCACAGCUCUUUUCAGGUAUCUCCAGAGAUGUUCGAUCGGGUUCAAGUCCAGGCUCUGGCUGGGCCACUCAAGGAAAUUCAGAGACUUGUCCCGAAGUCACUCCUCCGUUGUCUUGGCUGUAUGCUUAGGGUUGUUGUUCUGUUGGAAGGUGAACCUUCGCCCCAGUCUGAGGUCCUGGGUGCUCUGGAGCAAAUUUUCAUCAAGGAUCUCUCUGUACUUUGCUCUGUUCGUCUUGGCCUUGAUCCUGACUAGUCUCCCAGUCCCUGCUGCUGAAAAACAUCCCCACAGCAUGAUGCUGACACCACCAUGCUUCACCGUAGGGAUGGUGCCAGGUUUCCUCCAGACGUGAAGCUUGACAUUCAGGCCAAAGAGUUCAAUCUUGGUUUCAUCAGAAAGAGAAUCUUGUUUAUCAUGGUCAGAGUCCUUUAAGUGCCUUUUGACAAACUCCAAGCGGGCUGUCAUGUGCCUUUUACUGAGGAGUGUAAGCCACUCUACCAUAAAGGCCUGAUUGGUAGAGUGCUGCGAAGAUGGUUGUCCUUCUGUAAGGUUUUCCUAUCUCCACAGAGGAACUCUGGAGCUCUGUCAGAAUGACCAUCGGGUUCUUGGUCACCUCCCUGAGCUCAAUUUCUAGUCUCCUAGCUAAGGGUCUGAAUACUUAUAUAAAUAAGCUAUUUCAGUUUUAUUUUGAAUACAUUUGCAAAAAUAUCUAAACCAGUUUUUGCUUUGUCAUUAUGGGGUAUUGUGUGUAGAUUGAGGGGGGGAAAAAUAUUUUAAUCCAUUUAACAAAAUGUGGAGAAGGGGUCUUAAUACUUUCCGAAGUCACUGUAUAUCACACAUGACACAAGUCAUGACCCCACGAUAGUUCAAAUUACAAUUAACAUAACAUUUAUUAACAUAAUCCAGUAGAAUUGUAAAGAGUGCGAUUAUCAUUUGAAACAAUUUUCGGACCUCGUUUCACAGGAGCAUUGUAAAAUAAGCUUUCUCUCAAUGAACCAGCCUUAACGAAUUUUGUUCAUUUAUAAAUCGAAUUUGAUUGUCCAACAUCGGUUUUAUAAUUUAUUCAUUUUGUGGCUGCCUAGAGUGGCCUCUUUCCACUGCUCUGGUGCUGAAUCGCAGCGGGAAUGGGGAGUGGGGCGGGCUGGCCCUGGUUUGUAGACAGCCAUGUUUUGUUAUUUAUUAGGCAUAAUUAAAAAAUGUUCAUGCGUAAGGUAAAUUAGAGGCCCAAAUUGUUUUAUAAAAAUGUUCAAACAAAUAGCCUAUAGGACAGGCCAUUUGCUAAUUACACUGAACAAAAAUAUAAACGCAACAUGUAAAGUGUUGGUCCCAUGUUUCUUGAGCUGAAAUAAAAGCUUAUUUGUCAAAAAAUUUGACCGACCGGCUCGAUUGGAUCUAAUGUAGCCAAUUUGAAAUAGUAUUUUUUACAUUGGAUGAAAGUAAAGACUUAGAGCUAGAAAAUGGUAUAUCAUACACUACAGUUGAGGAACAAUGGGAAAGUAAUUCUGCUUUGAAAGUUGAUAAAGUUGUAACCUCACUUUUGAGAAAAUGGCCUUCGAAUGUUUUGGUACCAACUGGAGAGCUCAUCUUUGUCUACACCCAUUCAGCAUCGUUACACCCUCUUGAGCAUUAGCCCCACCCAUCUCCUUAAGGGUUGAUCUGAGCGUUCUGUCCUAACAGCAGUGAAGCACCCAAGCUAACAAUGGCUGGCUAGCUACUUCCAGACACAAAUGAGAGAACAGCUCACUGACCAUUUUACUUGCCCUAGCAGAGCUGGUUAAGCUGUUUUUAUGUUAUCCAGAGUGUUGGUGAAUGCAACUGUGCGGCUGGCAACAAUUUACGCUUUUUUGCCAACGUUUACUGACACCGGCCAUAUUCAACGGGUGUUGAGCGUUCGUAAAUUCGUCAGUUAUUCUGCGCUCUGGCACACUCAGACGAGAGUGCUCUCAAAUCGGAGUAGAUAGCCAGAGCGAAUUUACCAGCUACGUCUAUCAACAUUUGUCGCAGUUACAUUCUAUUGAAAUGGUUACUUGCAUAGUGGAGUCUUUUGUUUCGACAUAUAGCUUGCUAGCUAAACAAUGAACCAUAAUCCCAACUCAUGACGUUACUACCCUGCAUGAAUCUGCAGAUAUCUAACCAACCAGGUUCAAUGUUAGCUAGCUAGCUAACAUUAGGCUAUAACUAGCAUUGCAAAUUGCUAUGUGAUAUGAAUAAUAUUACUGUACAGAUCAUACAUGUAAAGUUAGCUAGUGAGCCAGUCAGCUAACGUUAGCUAGCUAGCUAACAGUACACUUUAACUUGAAAUGAAAAUGACUUUCUGUCAAUUAGAAACAUGUGAUAUCUGAAUGUAGCUAGCUAGACUAUCUUACCCGUAUACAUCAUGUAUGGAUGCUUCUCCCUGUCACGGAUGCCAUGGUUGCCCUUAGUUUGAUUGAAGAUGUCAUCCGGAGACAGGUGUUUCUGCAUCUCCUUAGCUAUCAUACUCUUAAUUCCACUGAUUUCAAAACUCGGUCCUCCAGAAAGUGGAGAGCAACACUUAUGCAGUUCUACUACGCGAUUAUAUAUCUUUUUUUUAAAGCCGUGUUAGACAGGAUUACCUACACAUGCUGACCAGCUGAAAUAGACAGGAACGUUCUACAUGGCAGACCAAUCCCAACUCAUCGCUCGGCAUGUCCAGCCCACUCAUCUCAGCCAAUCUUGGCUAGUGGGAAGGUUGCGGUCUUUCUGUGGCUAAACCAACAAGGCUCAUAAUUUAUCAAUUUUAUUCGUAUUUACAGAUGGCAUACAAGUUUGUUAUUAAGGCAUAUGAAAGUUCACAUGUUCCAGAAGGAAUUUCUGCCAAAAAAUGCAUUUUGAUUCAAAAAUGGUUUGUUCAAAUGGCUCUCCUGUGAAGGAGUGACCCGCAACAUAGGCUUAGUUUCCUGAAACGAGUCACAUGUGGUGCACAAAUUUGUUUACAUCCCUGUUAGUGAGCGUUUUAUCUUUGCCAAGAUAAUCCACACAGGUGACAGGUGUGUCAUAUCAAUAAGUUGAUUAAACAGUGUGAUCAUUACACAGGUGCACCCUGUGCUGGGGACAAUAAAGGGCCACUCUAAAAUGUGCAUUUUUGUCACCCAACACAAUGCCACAGAUGUCUCAAGUUUUGAGGGAGCGUGCAAUUGGCAUGCUGACCGCAGGAAUGUCCACCAGAGCUGUAUCCAGAUAAUUGAAUGUCAAUUUCUCUUCCAUAAGCCGCCUCCGACUUCGUUUAGAGAAUUUGGCAGUACGUCCAACCGGCCUCUCAACCGCAGAUCACGUGUAACCACGCCAGCCCAGGACCUCCACAUCCGGCUUCUUCACCUCCGGGAUCGUCUGACACCAGCCACCCAGACAGCUGAUGAAACUGUGGGUUUGCACAAACUGUCAGAAACCGUCUCAGGGAAGCUCAUCUGUGUGCUCGUCAUCAUGUAAAGUUAGCUAGCGUCCUCACCAGGGUCUUGACCUGACUGCAGUUUGGCGUCGUAAACGACUUCAGUGGGCAAAUGCUAACCUUCGAUGGCCACUGGCACGAUGGAGAAGUGUGCUCUUCACAGAAUAAUCCCGGUUUCAACUGUACCGUGCAGACGGCAUGUAUGGCGUCGUGUCCGUGAGCGGUUUGCUGAUGUCAACAUUGUGAACCGAGUGCCCCAUGGUGGCGGUGCAGUUAUGAUAUGGGCAGGCAUAAGCUAUAGACAUCGAACACAAUUGCAUUUUAUCGAUGGCAAUUUCAAUGCACAGAGAUACCGUGACGCGAUCCUGAGGCCCAUUGUCGUGCCGUUCAUCCGCUGACAUCACUUCAUGUUUCAACAUGAUAAUGCAAGGCCCCAUGACGCAAGGAUCUAUACACAAUUCCUGGAAGCUGAAAAUAUCCCAGUUCUUCCAAGGCCUACAUACUCACCAGACAUGUCACCCCACCAUACAUGGGACAACAUUCCACAGGCCACAAUCAACAGCCUGAUCAACUCUAUGCGAAGGAGAUGUCAUGCUGCAUGAGGCAAAUAGUGGUCACACCAGAUACUGACUGGUUUUCUUAUCCAUGCCCCUACCUUUUUUUUUUAGGUAUCUCUGACCAACCGAUACAUAUCUAUAUUUCCAGUCAUGUGAAAUCCAUAGAUUAUGGCCUAAUGAAUUCAUUUAAAUUGCCUGAUUUCCUUAUGAACUGUAACUCAGUCAAAGCUUUAAAAUUGUUGCAUGUUGCAUUUAUAUUUUUGUUCAAUGUAUAUUAUACAAAUAUUAUAUUUAGAAGUUACUGUGUAGGCGACUUGUUUUUCUAGGCUAAAUGUUUUCUUUUUUCAACUGAUAUUAAUUUAUGAUUUAUACAAGAGAUGAAGACGCAACGGGCAAUGUUUUACUUUUUAGUAAAUGUGUCAUGUUGGUAUAAGAAGUUUAUUUUAUUUUAUUAACUUUACAGGCUAAUUUCUAUUCUGUUAAGAUUAAUUACAAUAAUUUAAAUGUGAUUUUGAGUACUGUGGGUGGACGCCCUAAUGUGGUACACACUCAAUGCAUAUGGAUUUCAGGUACAUUUUAUUAGAUUUUCAUUAGUUAAACGAAGUUUGGGCCACAUGUAAUAUAUUGACAUCACAUGACUGGAUCAAUAUGUCUGUAUUGAGGCCAAGGAUCAGAUGGUAAAAUUCAAAUAUUAUAUGAGUUUCUAUUGUAUCUCUGCACAUCAGAGCUGGUUGGCUACCAGCUUUCAGCCCUUCUAUCUCUGUGGUAGAAUGUUCUAGAAAGAAUUAUGAAGGCACUCGCCCAGAUAUUCAAAAGGUUAUCUUUGCUGUGAAAUGUAUUGCCUCAUGUCAGUCCAGGCUGUGCAGAAACCUCUUCACCACAACCAUAGCUGUAGCUUAGUGAGGGUAGGACUGAGCUUUGUGUGUGGAGGUUUGUAGCCUGGUUCAAUUUGGUUGGAGGGGAUCAGUCAUGUUGCCAGUAAUGGGUCAGAUAAGAGGUUUGAGUAGUGAACAUUCAAUAGAAGUGUUAAUCACAAAAAAAGUGGUUUGAGUGUAGAGAUUUGACUUGUUUUUCUUUUCCUCAAUGUCUUGAAUAAUGUUCACCUUUUUAAUACCUUGUGUAAAUUAUUUUGUUCGUUCUUUCUGUAUUCUGUUGUAAAGCGUUGUCAGUGCCAUUUCACCAGGUCAAAUUCCUGGCGCCUGUAAAAUAUAAUUGACUUGCUGUCCUUCCUCGAUGCAGGGGGUAAAAGCAGUGGGAUAUUUGGUUCUCCAGAGGCCCCAGCCGAGCAACAGAGACCCGUACCCCCAGGCGGCAACACCAGCAACAUCUUCGGGGGGCUUGAGAGUGCCCCUCCCUCGGUCAAAUCCCAUUCCAACAAGCCAAAGGUAAUCCAGACCACCCCUGUCCCCCAGUCUAUCCCAUUCCAAAUGACUAAUGGUUAUGAAUAGCUGAUUUGCAUGAUGUGUAGGGUAUAUUGACAUGUUAUCCCUAUUAUUCCCAGGACAACAUUUCUGUGGGUGAAAGUGCCAUGCCCAUUCCCGAGCCCCCAGGUGAGUUUAACACUGAUAAUGGCUAACACUUUAGAGCCCACUGUCUACCAGGCAGUUACUUCAAAUGACUUGUUGACCGAGCUAAUAAUGACCUAAUAAUUCCAUAGUAACUAAUUACACAUCGGUUACUUUAAGUUGCAUUGACACCAAGUCUUAUGUACCAUUUGGUAUGAGGUAAAUCUCGCUCUGUUUCUCCUUCUCUCUCAUCUCUGUUUCUCUCUUUUAUCCCUCUUUUUCUCUCUCUCCCUUUCGCUCUCAGCUCCUCAGCCAAAGGAGAGCCCGGCCAAGGAGGUGAAGGAGAAUGUUGCCUCCCCUCCCCCCACACCCACCAAAGCAGUGGUGGAGCCUGCGCCUGCUCCCUCGGCCAAGAAGCCAGAGCCAGAGGCCUCCCUUAGUGAGCUCUCACUGAAGGACCACGAGCCCCACCUUGGCCCCCGCCCCCGCUCCCACAACAAG